CUUGUUAUUCUAAUACAAUCUUAUCUUAGCUGGUUUACUCUGCUUCUGACAAUAGUCUAAGUUCUUGUUUAUUUAUUACAAUUACCGUGUGAUAUCAUUCUCUAUUAGUAUAACCUUUGAGUGUGAAAGUUAGAGAUAUGAAGCAGUUAUUACGGCAAUGAGCGUAAAUUAAUAACUUGUCAAAAUAGAGUGCUCUCAAGAAAUUGAAGAUCGUGAAAAGCAUUUCAUCGGAAAUGAAAAUGGAUAGAAAAGCUUGAGGGAACAAAGAAGCUGCAUCACAAGACAAAAGAAGAAACUAGUUCAUCUUUUUUUACAAAUCUCAGGGCAUAGCUAUGAAUGUGCAUGCGUAUUGUGCUGUCGUAGUUAUGGUGAUUUUUGGAGCAAAUGGCCAGUUGGACACAAAUCGAAAUGAAGAACAACGGAAAUCAUAUACAGGGUACAAAUUAUUAGAGGUUAUUCCACAUACUCGAAUGCAUUUAUCAAAGCUUCGGCAACUUAUGGAUCAAGAUCGAAUUGAGUUGGAUUUUUGGAAGGAGCCAAGCCAUGUCGGGCGUUCUGUUGACGUAAUGGUCAGUAGCACAGUCUUUCGUAGAUUGACACACUACCUCAAAAAACACGGGAUGGUAUACAAAAUACAGAAUCACAACGUACAAUCACUCCUACAGAAUGCUAAUUCUAGGUCCAGGCGAUCUGUGAAUAGUUUGGAAACUGAUUUUUAUGGAGAUAUCUACAUGUAUGAAUACCACACGUAUUCUGAGAUACAGCAACUUUUAAACAGUAUUGAGACAACAUAUCCCCUCCUCUGUAAAACUAUGGUGAUCGGAAAGUCGUUUGAAAAACGGGACCUACGAUUAAUGAAGAUAAGCACUGGUAAAGGAUUGAAUGGUACAGCCAAGCCGUCUGUAUGGAUUGAUGGAGGUAUUCAUGCCAGAGAGUGGAUUGCUCCUGCAACUGCCAUCAACAUAAUACAUUUAUUAAUUCGUGGCUAUGUUACCAAUGAUACUGUUGUGUUAAAGAUGUUGAAUGACUUCGACUGGUAUAUUUUACCAAUUUCAAAUCCCGAUGGCUAUGUGUACACAUGGACUACAGAUCGUAUGUGGAGGAAGACGAGGUCGAUCAAUGGAAUUUACAGCUGCAGGGGAGUUGAUGGCAACAGAAACUUUGAUUUCCACUGGAGAGAAACAGGUACCAGUUACAAUACCUGCGCUGGUACGUAUGGAGGACCUGAAGCGUUUUCUGAGCCCGAGACGCGCGCAAUUGCUGACUUUGUCCUGAAAAACAACAAGUCAAUUAAACUAUUCUUACAACUGCAUUCGUAUGGACAAUAUUGGUUGACCCCAUGGGGCUACACUGCAUGGACUGUACCACGUGAUCACGCUGACUUGUUGUAUUUGGCAAGAUUGGGACGAAAUACCAUUAGGUCUAAGUAUACCUCACACUACCUGGUUGGAACAGCAGCAAGGAUGCUUUACCCUGCUAGUGGUGGUACAGACGACUGGGUGUAUUCUGUGGCUGGUAUAAAGUAUGCAUACACCAUUGAGCUGAGGGAUAUAGGACGAUACAAAUUUGCUCUACCAGCUGACUAUAUCCAGCCGACAUCUGAAGAAAUCUUUGAAGGAAUUAAAACUGUUACAAAGCAUUUAAAAAUCGAACUAGAUUUAAAAUUAUGAUUCUAUCAAUUUAGAAAAGUUACAUUAUAUUUCGAAUAUAGUCUUAUGGUAAUACAUACACCAAUCACAUAUCUGUUCUGUACACCUAUUAAAAAAUACAAGAGAGUGUUCCAUUCCUCAACACCACCUCAUUGCUACCAUGGAGGUACACGUAUAUUCCCAUAUAGGUUGAAAAAUAUAAAUAUAAAUGCCAUUUUUAUACAGCGCGAGUAGUGUCAUUACUGAGGUAACAGUUUUAAGAGUUUUAAGUUAUCACACGUUUAAUAAUCAAAUCGUCAAUUGCUAUCUCCCCAAAUGAUUCCCAUGACGUCUCAGCAAUGAUAUAAACUUGGACAUUAGCCAUGAAGCGUCCGCUUUUCUGUAUCCAAUUAUCCCCACUGUUUCCUAAAAGUACAAAGAAAAAAAAUUGAUCUUUUUUUAUUAUUAAAAAAAGAAAAAAAAAGAAAAUUGAUCUUACA